ACAGCUCAGAUUUCUCUACUAAGUUCUAGACACUUCGGAAUGACGGACAUGAUAUUUUCAGAUUGGUAUUGAGAUAUAUAAAUCAUUUUAUCGACAUCAAGAGAAAGCAGUAGACGAUCGACGAAUAGGGAUUCAUUAAUCGUUGAGAGGGAUAAUUAAAAGAUGGCAGAAAAGGGAGACAGAGAUGAUUUGAAUCUCCCCCUGGGAGGAGUUUCAUCAGAUAAUGAGGAUGAGCUAAACUCGUCCAUGGCAAGCACUGGGAGUGAGGAAGGACAAGAUAUUAAGAAGAGACGUACACAGACUCCUAGUCCUCGCAGGGCGUCACCGUUUCCAGUACCAGCCUCACCACCAAAGUUCAUUUCAAUGGAAGAGCUUAUCAAGGCAACAACUGGAGUCAAAAACAUGAGUCUUGCACAUGAGAUAGCAGUAGAUGCAAAUUUUAAAAUAGCUCCCGCAGAAAAGGAUCCAAAGAGUUUUGAGAAACAAGUGGAGAUGAUUAUGCAUAAAGCAUUCUGGGACGUUUUCCAGGAAAGUAUCAAUGAAGAUCCCCCAAACUACCACCAUGCUUUAGUUCUCAUCGGGGAUGUCCAAAAGAUUUGCGAGUUACUGCAUAUGUACAGUUUUAAGCCAUUUUCAUGCUGGAAGAAUUUUGCCAAAUUUUGA